AUAACAGUGAUAAAACACAGUGACGGUCAAGUCUGGCAAAGUCAUACACAAAACGGUUUCAUUGGCGCCUGACGUAUUUGAUCUAGACAGUGGAGAACAGGAGCCGGGAGAGAGAGAGAAGGGGGGUGAUAUUAACGCGUCUGACGUAGUUACCAUUUUCUGGUGAGAAAACAGGCUAGCUGAGCUAACGUUCAUGUACUGAUCUCACUCGUUUUUUAUAUAUAUAUAAAAAGAAUAUCUCCAAAAGCAAGUGUGUAAACACAUUUAGAUUAUUUAAUGUAAAUAUCUAGUGUAGUCAAGCUGAGCGAUAUCGGCGGGUGGAAGAGAAGCACAAAGGCGCUUUAAAGCCCGGAUUAGAGACGAAGGAGGAGGGUAAGAGGGGCGCUAGCAGCAUCACCACCACCAUCACCACAACAACAACAGCAUCAGCACCAUCCGCGGCGGAGCUCCUUCAUUCGAGCGGGACAGAGUGAGAGGCCGGCGGCGCGGAUGGUGCGCGGAAACCCAGUGGCAGUAUGCGAGCACCGCGGCGCUGGGGGACCGUGCUGCUGCUGCUAGCGGGGCUCAUGUCCCUCCUCAGCCCGGACAGAGCGCUCGGAGCGCCGCAGAGAGAAGUUUCCGUCUCGCGGGAUGGCUCUCUCUCCCCUCCACCCUACGUUGUCAUCCUUAUCUCCUGCUCUGGCCUGGUCUCCUUCAUUCUGCUGCUCCUCACCUGUCUGUGCUGUAAACGGGGAGGAGUUGGCUUCAAUGAAUUUGAUAAUGCUGAGGGAGAAGAAUGCUCAGCGGGCUCCAGUCCUGCGCCCGAGGACAGCCUGUCCUCCUGUCCAUCUCUCCCAGAGGUCUAUACACUGCCUCUGCGAGACCGGACAUGCCCGGCACUGGCCAAUGGCAUAGACUCCAGUUCUAAGUGUUUCCGUAGACACACUCUCAACUACCUGCAGGAGAUAGGAAAUGGAUGGUUUGGAAAGGUGAUCCUGGCAGAGGUACUCUGUGACUGCAGCUCCUCUCAGGCUGUGGUUAAGGAGCUGAAAGUCAGUGCCAGUCCUCUUGAACAGCGCAAGUUCCUGGCAGAGGCUGAGCCAUACAGAAGCCUCCAGCAUCCCAACAUCCUGCAGUGUUUGGGGCAGUGCAGUGAGAGCAUUCCCUAUCUCCUGGUCAUGGAGUUCUGCCAGCUGGGGGAUCUCAAAAGGUAUCUAAGAGCUCAGAGGAAGUCAGAUGGCAUGACGCCAGACCUUUUGAAUCGCGACCUCUUGACGCUGCAGCGCAUGGCGUAUGAGAUCACAUCAGGCCUCCUGCACCUUCAUGAAAACAACUACAUACACAGUGAUCUGGCGCUGAGAAACUGUCUGCUUACCUCAGAUCUGACGGUCAGGAUCGGAGACUAUGGUCUUUCACACAACCAUUAUAAGGAAGACUACUAUCUGACUCCGGAUAAGCUGUGGAUUCCUCUGCGCUGGAUCGCUCCAGAGCUGCUGGAAUUCCGAGGAGGACUAGUGGUUACAGACCAGACCAAAACAAGCAACGUGUGGUCGUUGGGCGUUGUAAUUUGGGAGCUGUUUGAAUUUGGCGCUCAGCCACACAGACAUCUGAGUGAUGAAGAGGUUCUUACCUUUGUAAUUAAGGAGAGACAGAUCACACUGGCUCAACCUCGCCUCAAGCUCUCCCAUGCAGACUACUGGUAUGAAGUCAUGCAGUCAUGCUGGCUUCCAUCCUCUCAGCGUCCAACGGUCAACGAAGUUUUCAUUCUCCUCUCCUCACUUCUGGCUGCAGAACAAGGGAGGAGUUUAUCAGAAGAUGAUGACGAAGAGGAGUAUGAGGAACACCAUGGCAGAGGAAGGAGAGGCGAGAGUGAAGAGUCAUUUGAAAGGCGAUGGGAUUCUCUUCGGCCCAACGCUUUUCAAUCAGCUGCCGGCGAACGGCAGAGAGAGAGAGCUUAUUGCAGAGAGGGUGGAAGUUUCAGAGGAAAUAGUAACUCCUUCCCUCUGCUGGAUCCUGUGAAUUCAAUUAAUCCUACAACAUCUGAGCUGGAUGACAUCUUAACAGUCACUGAGACCAGCAAGGGGUUAAAUUUCGAAUACUUCUGGGAGAAGGCUCAUGGUAGAAGGGGUUACAAACCUCUUCCUCCCCCUCAACCAAUACCUACGCCCAGCUCUGGUCACAGGCAGUCUCUUGACACGCCCACAGUCGUUCCUGUGAUCAGUGCUCGUAGCCCCUCAUUAGCCAGCGAAUACUACAUUCGCCUGGAGGAGCAUACCCCUCAGGAUAAAUCCCCUUCACUUAAAGGGAAAGCACCUUCAUUACGAGCUGAAUCUGUUAGUCCAGGGGAUUUGGAGUUAGUAGAGCUUCGUAGUGGGAAUUAUGGAAGGGAAAGACCUGUAUUUGGUCAUCAAGACAAAUUUGGACGAAGUGCUUCUCAGACAGUUCAGACUGUAAGGUCCAGUGAAGUUCAGGUACUGGUGCCAAACACAGGCCUGGUUGAGUUUAGUAAAGAAGGUUGCAGCAGAGUGACGGAUUUUGCAGUGGUAGAUAUUGGAGAAAGAACAGAUGAUGUUAAAAGAGAUUCAAACCUGAGGUCAUCUGGAUCUUUAUCUAUCCAAGCACCUCGUCUUCCUCCAAAACCCCGCUCAAUGUCUGCCUCAUCGGGCACCCAUUUACACUCACGGCCCUUACCUGUUCCUCCUCCAAUAUAUCCUCGAGCCUACGGGCUGGGCCACUACCCUGGAUCAUCUUACCCUGUGGGAAAGCCUGAUGCUUCAGAUCCAAUAUUUCUGAGCAGCUCUUGUUCGUCAAAGGCCAAUUUUGAUCAUUUAGGAUUUAAUCGCACACACCAGACACUUCCUCCGUCUCCCUCUCUCUCUCCAUCAAUUCCCCCGUCCUCUGGAGGACCGCCCAUGUUUCCUCCACCUCAGACCUGCCCUCCACCACUCCCCCCUCAUUAUAGACUUCAGAGAGGAUCCUACCAUCAUUACUCUGGAGAAACAUUCCCCAGACAUAACAACUCUGCGGUGCACUUACAAAGAGACCCAUUAAGCUGUGACUAUGCUGACAAGCGAAUCGCUGACAGAAGCUUGACGCGUUCGCAGUCCUUGCACAAUUCGAGGGAUGGCACAGAUUCAUACAUUAAAGAUGAGGAGUUGCCAAUGGGCAGAGAAUCAUCCUAUUGCAGAAUGACUCGCUCACAGUCCACAGUUCCCGAGUUUGAGAGAAAGUCCUCCUCUAGCCCAGCAUACUCAGAGGAAGAUUAUGAUUCCCCCUUUAUGUCGCCAAGCAGAUCGAGCAGUGGCACAACCAUUGAACACAUUAUCCUGGCUGAUGAGCCUGAUCCUGCUACAAAUGAACUCUUCUCCAGAGGAAUGAAACGAACCCAGUCUCGGCUUGAUACCAUUCUCCCGGCCAUCUGGAGGGAAGAUGCAGAGCUGCAUCGUGAAAGAGUUGCAGCAGCAAUGAAAUCCCCAAUACACCUGUUUCUAACAGAAAUCUCCAAUGAACCUCCCGACUCAAACACGGGGCAAACCGCAUGGGGCAAGGAAAGUAACAAGGAGAAUGGCUUUCGGGGAAUGCGACGCUCCCAAUCCCUCCUAACUGAACUUGAUUCAGCCUCUCAGGUUUGGGGGACAGACAUGAAGUUACCUACUGGACAAGACAAUGGCGCUAAAAAGAGGGAUUUGUUUCUCACUGAGAUUGACACAGCAGUGUCAGAUUGUGAAGACGUAUAUGACGGAGAUGGCGGAAUCCCAGUGUCCCGCUUUGGAACCACACCCUUUCCAUAUGCACGUCCUCAAGACUUACCAACAUAUGCAGAAGCAGAAGAAGCAUAUUCCGAAGGAAUGAAGAGAUCUCGCUCCCUGUUGUCUGAUGUUACCAUUGAGACUGAGCCUAAGAAAGAGGAAAUGACGAGAGAAGAGUUUUUGCGCGAGAUCCAAUCAGCAGAGACUUUUCUAACAGAGAUAAUAACGAGACAGCGCAAACAAGAGGAAAACCUGUCACCUCCAGCAAUAUCACCCGAGUAUGAGACCAUAUGCAUUGACCCUGAAUCCUCACAAACGAUAAGAUUUGAAUCUGAACGAUCAUCAGGAACGUCCACAGGUGAAAUGAAAGAGGCAAUUUAUGCUCAAGUUACGAAAAGUGUAAAAAAGAGUGAAAUUAAAGUUGCAGUUCGUCCAGAAAUUCCUGUCUUGCAAAUUGCAUCAGACUUGCAAAACAUCCAAAUGGAGAAAAUAACAGAUUCUGAUACUUGUCUAGAGUCAGACAUGAAGCCUCAAUGCUCUACUGACUUUGUUCCUUCAGGAAUUUUGCCUAAAUCAGGGCUUCUGAUGGACCAGACAUCUCCUCAUUUGACAGAGAGAAAGGAUGCUGAGCUAACAGACAGUGAAAAGGAUACUUUAGAGUCCUUUGAUGUCUUAGUACAAUCUGGAAAAAGAGCAGCACUGUUUGGACAGAGUGAAAUUCAGGCUAAAUCAGAGCAAACCUCAGUUCAGGGCAUAACCAAAACUAAUGAUCAAAGUCAGAUCUCUCAGACUUAUAACCCUGAGAGCAUUAGUGCAGUUACUAAAAAAGGUGAGGUCAGUCCAGUUGGACAUUACUCUGAGGUUCAAAGUGAUGAUAAAGCCGAGAGUUAUGAACAACUGUUUUCAAAGUCAACAUCUAUUGAUAUUCCUGAACAUUCCAACUUAUUAAGUACCAAUGCCCCCACAACUGAGACUGCCACAGUUUCAUCAGUUGACAGAAAAAGACUAGAAUCCCCUCAGACUAAGCCUGAGGUCUCACAAAUGAAGAAAUCUCCUUCAUCCAGUGAGCAACCAGAUUAUACUGAAAGAGACAAAACUUUAAAUAUGAUAUAUGAUUCAUUUGGGAACAUAGAAGACGUUUCAAAGAAUUUGACUUCAAGGUCUGGCAUGGAUGCCUUCCCAUUUCCUUUGGCAAGGGAACCAAACUCUGACCAGUCCCUGUCUACUAUGACACCCACAGACUCCACCAUGUCACCUCUUACCUCUAGUUCUAUGGACUGCCUUACACCCGGAGACUCAUGGACUGCUGCGGGAGGCUCUGGCUGGAGGGUUCUUGGAACUGAAACUCCUCACCGAGAUUCUGCCUAUUUCUCAGAUAGUGAUUGGGAUGCUGGUGAGGGUUUGCCCCGAAGAGGGGGUGACGGACUGUGUUCUUCUCGUCCUAGUAGUGGCAAAGCAGGAGAGAGAGGAGGAAUACUGAUGGGAAUUGAGGAGAAGACUGAAGUGGACGAUGAUGGUCUAAUAGGGCACGGAAGUUUGGAAAGCAAAGGCCAGGUUGAAGAAUUAUUUUCAGAAAAAAUGAUUAUGAGGAGAUCAGGGGAUGGCAUAGAAACAAUAGAGGUUAGCAUUGCUGAAAAGAGUCUCAAACACUGUGAUGACAAAAGUGAAUUGAGUGUUUCAGGUGACUCAAAGACUCAAAAGAGCAUUGAACAACUUGACAACUUGCUCUCAACUAUAGAUGAUGAGCCUCUGAAAGGGUUUCCCUAUAACAGUGGCUCACAACUUAGUUUCCAAAUGUCAUCCUUUGGUGAUCCAGGCCACAAUUUGGGAUUAGCCCCAAAAAUAAUACUGGAACCUGUAGAAAAAUGCACAGUGGAGGAAGUUUUAGAUUCUUCACAACUAAAUGAAAAGCAGAUACAAAUACCUGAUAGUAGUGAUUCCAAGCCACCCCAGCUUUACAGCUUCCAGUCAGAAACUUCACAAUCCUUCACUAGCAUCCAGAUUAAUAACAAGUCCUGCACUGGAGACACACAGUCCAUUUUAACGCACUCCAUCUGGUCUGAGACAAAUGAAGAAGACAUGUCAAAAGCAAAAAGGCGGACAUUAGAUGUACAAGAGGUAGAUACCAAUGAACUGGGCUUGAGAAAUCUGUCUUACACUGAAGAAAGUGAACAGGAACAUGCAAAGGAAGAGUCUGAAAAUGAAGGGCAGCUAGCUGCAGUAGAGCUUUGCUAUACAACCAAGAAAUCUCCAACCACAGAGAGAGAACAGCCCAUUCUAACAAAGACCUCAGAACAAGAAUGUCUUCACAACUUUCUUGAGGAACCCUCAAAGGGACAUGAACUAAAGGCCAAAGAGUUGUGGAAUGCUCAUAAUGUUGAAGGCACAGCUGAGUGUCUGAUGGGAGAAUUUGAUUGCCAUCGAUUCCAGCAAGGAGAUCUUCCCGUGUGCUCAGCUGAAAAUGACCAGUGGGCAUCUGUUGACAAUGAACAGUGGGCAACAGCUGAGUUUCAGAGGUCUGAAAGAGAAUUAGGGUCAGAGUUCUUUCCAGCAUUUGAACAAAACAAGUGUGCAGAGGGAGAGCGAUUGGUUGCAGGCUGUGAAUUUUGGGAUGAAGAAGCGAAUGAUGAAUUAGCUAAGAGUGAGCCUCAUCCUACCAUGCUGAAGGCUUUUGAAAAUAGAUGCAAUGACGAAGGGCUAGAACAAGCCAAUGUUUCCAAGCUGUGCACUACUUCCACUUCUAGUUGGGUUCAGCAGGCUCCUGAAACUCAUCAGACACCAGCGCAGAAUAUAGUAGUUAAUCAAGAGGAAAACAUUGAGAAUCCUGACAUGGAAAAUGGAGAGCUAGAACAUGAAAAGAUAAGACAAGACAAGACAAAUGUCAGAGAAAGCCAAGAAAUGCACUGCUUCGAAAUGGAGGUGGAUAAUCUGGAAAACCCAGAGCAAGAACUACUCCCUCAGGUUAAUGGAGUUGAAAUAAUGAGCUCCACCAGUGCUCCUGGUUCUAAGUUGGACAUACAAAAUGAAGCAGAUGAAGAGGAAUGUCUGGCCCCUGAAGGGAAUCAGAACUUCAACAGACUGCCAAACAUCCUUAACAUUGAGAAUGAGGCAAGACAAAGAGACUGUGUAGAGAGUUUUAAAGGUAUGAACAUUCAAAAUGAAUCCACGAAAGCAUUUCAAACUGAAGAGAUAAAGACUUUGGAAACAUCAAUUCUGGCUGUCACAGCCAAUACCGCUCUUGAACCUCACUUAACUGCAGAAUACCAAAACAGUUACCACAGCCAGGAUGCACAGGAUAUUGAAAAUCACUGCCAGACAACAAAAGGAGGAAUUGAAGAGCUUAUAAUUUCUGAAAAAGAUAAAUCAGAUUCUCUUCCUUGUCCCAAUCUCACAGUUCACACUGAAGAAGAACCCUGCACAGUCCAUACUGGCAAUGUACAGUGCUGCACUCCUGCCUUUGUGUCUAUGGAGCUUUCAGACUGUGAUGCAUCUCAGCAUGCAGAGAUGAAUGAAUGCCAAGGCCCCAGUAAUUAUCCAAACACAGUGCACCAUAUAGAGAUUAAGUCUAAUGCAAAUUUACAGAGCACAACCGACCAACCCUGGCCGGAAGUCAUAGACCACGAAAGCUUAUCGUGCUUUUCCAAUGAUGCCGAUUCUUUUGAUCAGCCUGAAAAAGAACAUUCAACAAACACUCAUAGCAAAGGGAUUACAGCGAACUUGGGACAAAAAACGCAUUUGUCAAUAAUUACUGAAAGUCAGACACACUCAGUGUCAGACUGCAUCAGUGAGAAUGACAGAAAUAGCACAUCUCGUCCUCCAAUCUCUCAGUGCUCCUUAAACUCCAUCCCAGAGUUGCUGAUCUCAGAGUGGAAGGAUUUAGAUGAAGAGCCCUUAGAGGAUUUCGAGAAGCUCGAGAAGUUGUGCUGCAUUUCUGGAGAUGAAGAUAUUCUUGGAGAUCUCUUCCUAGAAAAUUUGGAGCUGCUUGAGUCUUUGAAAAAGAGAGCCAGCACAGAGGAGGGCCAAGACAACUCUGGGACUUUACAAGGCAAGACAAGAGUUGAGCUAAGGGAAGAGGUUGAUGGAAUCUCCGAUAUUUCCACAGCAAAAUCACAAGACUUUGAGCAGAAUGACAAGAAGGGCUCUCAGCUUUUACUGGAAAAGAAGACAGGAGAUAAUGUGUCAUCAGAUGUUUCGCCAUGUCAUUCAAGCGAUGCUACCAAAGGUCAACAGUCAUUGUCACAAAUGCCAACAAAAAAUGGACUAAUGAUGCAGGUUUGUGAAGAGAAACUGCAGUAUUCUCUCAGUGAGAAUGUCAAAACCAAUGUGCUCUGGGGAUCUGCCCUUACUGACAGCGUCAUUCUGCGUCCUUGGGGUGACACCAACCUCUGUGCUGAGAAUGAUGCAGGCAGCGAAAACGUGUCCAUGGAAACUGAGAGUCUCUGCAGUAAAGGCGAAGCAGUCUGCUCUAGCCCUGUGUUAUCUAAGAGUGAAGAUGCUGAAGAAGAAAGUGAGAUGCUGACAGUGAUAGAGCAGCCCGAAGUGACACCUGCCAUGCCUGCUACAAAUCAAGCUAUGAAAGCUAAACUGGCUCGUCUCUCUCUUUCCCUCCCUCCGCUGGAACUUUCGCUCCCUCUCUCUCCCGGCCCCAAAGGAGGAUUCUGGGACAGGACUGACCACAGAAUUGGUCGCAGACGGGGAGUUUCGAAUGGAAGUGAUCCUGAAGAAGAUGAGGAGGAAGAGCAAGAGGAUGAGUCAUCCAGAAAAGUUAUUGUCAUCACGGAAACAGAUGUUCACAAGCGAGUAGGCCUGAGGAGCUUGCUAAAAUCGCCCAAGGAACCCUUGGACAAAGAGAAUCGUGAUCACGGAAGAAAUGUGUCCUUUUUUGAUGAUGUCACUGUCUAUCUUUUCGAUCAGGAAACUCCAACUAAUGAGCUGAGUUCUGGCUCUGCACCCACAAGCCCGUCUCCCCUUGGAAAGCCUGCUCACUUCGAUGGACUUGGAAGCAGCAAUCACAAGACCAGCAAGAACAAAGACCACAUAAAGCCAAGGUCUCCCACAGGUGUCAGUUCAGUCCCACCAUCACGCUUCACCGUCAGCCCUGCCAACGACCCACAUUUGGUGUGACCCACUAUUCCUUCCUAUACACCUGGAGAAAAUGUAGCUCUCUGGAGUGACAGAGUUUCUCUGUGGUCAUCGUGAAGCACGGUGGCUUCUGGAGGUUAUUUUUUUAAAUCAGGCUAAAGACUCCUGUUUUCAAGGCUGGAGGUGUUCCAGGUUUUACUUUGCUGCGGGAGCAGGUCCGUCCUGUGCAAAGCAGGAACCUCUACAGCCACGCAGCCGGGAGCUAUGUAAAAUCUGAAAUGGAGUUUACGGCUAUGCAACGGGAGUCUUAUUGUGUACCAGCUUAACUGCUCUAUUUUCAUGGCUUCUUGAAGUACAUUUGUAUUCUGAUCCUCUUCCACACAAGAGGAAGCACUUUCUUUGACCAGUACCUGUCUAUUUGUGAGCUCGAAUAGAAAUAUUGCCAUUGUAAAUUUGUUCUCAUUGCAGUCAAACAUCCUCGUAGGCUUGAGAGGGAAAUCCCACCCUCCCUAUCUAACAGUGCAGUGCUCUUUUAGUAUUUGUACAAAUGGAUAGUGAAUUUACUGUACAAACUCCAUUUUAAAACCAUUUAUUUUAGAUGUAUUGUUAGAACGCACGACACAAAAUGAACCUGCUACCUACUGUUAUGUUUUAUACUGUAUUUUUUAUUGCAAAUUGUUGUUUGUUUCUGUAUUUCUGUUUACUUCAUUGUGUAUUUAAUUAUUUAUUUAUUUAUUUACUGUACGACUGCAACAAUUGCACAAUUACUUUGCUUUAAUUGUUUUUGGAUGCUGUGCAUUGUUGAAAUAAGUUGCUUCAUCCAUCUCAUUAAAUAAAACCAGAUAUUUCCAUAAGUAUAAAUGCUUUGAAAUAUUUUAUAUCAUUUACCGAUUUCUAGAUGUUAGUCUGUAUCUAUUUGUCAUUUACUGUGUCUGUUUAUAAAUGUUAUUUUUAACUGUGUAUUUGACAUGUUCUCGUCAUUACUUACAUUCAAAGCAAUUACUGUUGCUAAGCAUGGAGGAAAAAUGAAGGCAGUGCACAUGUCCAUGAAUUGAUCUGUUUAUUCAACUUUAAUUUGAUGAUCAGUGAUUGGUGUCGAAGGUGAAUCAGAACAUUUGUAACGUCGCUUUCAGCAUCUGUUUCAUUGCGAGGUUUCUUGAGGAGGUUCUGGGUAACCAGGAGUGGUAAAAAACAAAGACAAAAAAAUAAAACAAAACGAAUAAAACUAAAUCACAUGGAGACUGUGAAACAUUUAAUGAAUUGUUUGAUGAAAAUAAAUUGUACUGGCUUAUAAUAAAUACCCUGCUGUAUUGAAA